GCUUUUCUGCAAGCACCAUGGCAACGUGCCUGCGCCAUGUUGGACAAGAUCUAGAAGAGGGGGAACGCAACCACCGCGGGGCUAAUCGGAACAUCUAUUUCCAUCGCCAGCCAACACCAUGGCAGAUUCUAAUAAGCAGCCUGACCAACAAGAGGCUGUAAAAGAAAAAGAACUAAUUGCCACCAAGGUCACCGGCACCGUCAAGUGGUUCAACGUCAAGAGUGGCUACGGCUUCAUCAACAGAAAUGACACCAAGGAGGACGUGUUUGUGCACCAGAGUGCCAUCACGCGCAACAACCCGCGCAAACUGGUGCGCAGCGUCGGCGACGGCGAGAUCGUCGAAUUCGACGUUGUGGUGGGCGAGAAGGGCAACGAGGCGGCCAACGUGACCGGCCCGUCGGGCGAGCCCGUCCAGGGCAGCAAGUACGCCGCGGACCGGCGCCGCCGCUACCGCCGCUACUUCUACGAGGACGGCGAGGAGGGUCACGAGUACCACGAUGACGAAGAAGAACUCGAGGACGACGGCGACCGCGAGGGCGGCGGUGACGGCGCCCGGGGCCGCGGUCGGGGUCGGGGCCGCGGCCGUGGAUACCGGCGCUACCCGCGAUAUUUCCGGCGGCGGCGCGAUGACGAGGGUGACGAGGAGGAACACCUAGAGGGUGAGGAGGAGCCGGCACCGCGACCCCGCGGCCGCGGCAGGGGCCGCCCGCGCGGCUACGGAUACCGCGGCGGCGAGCGCGGCGGCGGCCGCGGAGGAUACCGGCGCCGCGCCGACGAGGCAGCCGAGAACGGCGACUACGACGCCGAGUACGACGAGGACCUGGACCGGCCGCGCGGCCGUGGCGGCUACCGCGGCCGGUCGCGAGGCCGUGGCCGCGGCGGCCGGGGUCGCGGCCGUGGCGCCGGCCGUGGUCGCGGCGCGCCCCGCUCCGGCUCCCGCGAGGAUACCGGCAAGGGAGAGGGAGACGCCCAGGAGAACGGAGGAGCCGCGGAAGAAAAGUCGGCACCGGCCCCCGCCGCCGCGGAGACUGCUCCGGCCAAAAAGGAGGCGCCCGCACCGGCCAAGUCUGACGCCCAGCCCGUGGAGAACACAACCUCCGAGAGUCAAGCCUAGGCGGGCGGCCGGGCUCCGCCGCCGCCGCCGCUGCCGCCCGCCCUCCCAGACACCGUCAGAUUAGCCCUGUUCCGCCGGGCGGCGCGGCGGCGGUCGGCGCCGGCCGCGCGGCCAGCGGUGGCCGCUCCAUCGGCCACCGGCCGCCGUGUAGAUACCAGCUGGAGCCACGGCGCCCUUGUGAGCUGCCGCUCCGUGCCAGCGACAACACCUUUCCUUUUAUUGAGCGAGAGCGCGAGUACUGAGAUAAAACUGCUUGAUUACACAAAUCAGAAUGGCUCCCACUAAAAGGAGAGAGUGCGCCGUCGCUGAGACGAGUUUUGUGAAUAGCGUGUUUUCGACAGCAUCAUCGCACACGCACGCGCGGGGCGCCGCCGGCCGCCGCUGCCGACCAUCCGUCACCAAACGAGGCGGGCCGGCGCCGCCCCAGGCCAUUCUGAUUUGGCGCGUGACGACUUUUUCACGGCGGCCGCCGGGCCGCUGUGCUGGCCGCUCCCACCUUGCAUGCCGUUUGCCGCUAAUGAGUCAGUCCGAGUCCGUACGUGCACAUGUUGCGGGACAUCACGAGUCACCGGCCUGAGAGUCCGCAGGUCGGCGGCCGCGCGCCGCCGGCCGCCGGGGCGCUGUCCACCGGCCGCCCCGGCGCGGGGCCGGCCGCCGCGCGGGGACCGACCAGCACCCCCGCCGCGCGGUCGGCCCCCAACACCACACCACAUGUACUGGUCAUAAUACAAUGCGAGUACAAAACUGAGUAAUUUCAAGUUUUGGCCAGUGCAGAAAUCUGUUACUGCUGUCUCUCCGUUUUUGUUUUUGGUGAGAAUCGGCCCCCGGGCUCUGUCUCGGUGUUGACUUUUGUACUUUGUUACGAGUUUUGACGCCAAAAAGAUUGUGAGUUUCAAAACAUGUGCAUUUCAAUAAACUUCUCAUUGACUGUG